AUGCAAGUAGAUUUGCUGGAACUGACUCGGAUGCCGGGCUUUCUGGAACCAUAUUGUCAGCGAUAUUCACGAGAGCAGCAAGCUGCGCCUGGUGGAGGAUUCAGGCAGCGUACGACAUGCUGCUGCGGCCAGACUCUGACCUAUCACUGCGGCAAGGGCAUCGACGUCGAGGCAGCGACGACAGGAGUGGUGGAAGAGCCGUGGAGUCCAGCCAAGCAUACCCAAGCCUCGCCUACCAAUGCCUAUGGAACUAUUGAGUUCCAAGGUGGUCCUCAUCCGAGCAAAGCACAGUACGUGCGCCUCGCAUACGACACAAGACCUGAGCUGAUAGUGCAAUUAUUCACUCGUGAAUGGAGUCUUGAGUUGCCAAAGCUGCUGAUCACGGUACAAGGUGGUAAGGCUAACUUUGAACUGCAGCCAAAGCUAAAGAAAGUUCUGAGAAAGGGACUUCUAAAAGCAGCGAAGACAACUGGUGCGUGGAUAUUCACUGGUGGCACAAAUACUGGUGUAACAAGACAGGUUGGUGAUGCACUGUUGUUGGAAAGGUCUCAACGUAGUGGUCGUGUCAUCAGCAUUGGCAUUGCCCCAUGGGGAAUUGUUGAAAAUAACCAUGAACUCAUUGGGCAUAACAGGGAUGUACCAUAUCACUCUAUUUCUUCGCCCAGGUCAAAACUGGCUGUUCUCAAUAGCCGCCAUGCAUAUUUUCUUCUGGUUGAUAAUGGAAUAACUGGAAAAUAUGGUGCUGAAAUAAUACUCAGGAGAAAGCUUGAAAAAUAUAUAUCUAUUCAAAAGCUUCAUCCAGGUACACACUGUAGCACACCAGUGGUAUGUUUAGUAAUUGAAGGUGGAACAAACACAAUAAGAGCGGUUCUGGAAUAUGUCACAGACAAUCCGCCAGUACCUGUGGUUGUGUGUGAUGGCUCUGGUCGUGCAGCUGAUCUCCUAGCAUUUAUGCAUAAGUAUGCCUCUGAAAAUGGAGAAGCAUCAGUCCUGGAAAACAUGAAAGAGUAUCUUAUUACAACAAUCCAGAAAACAUUUGAAGUCAGCCUAGAACAAGCAGAAUGCCUGUAUUCUGAACUUUUACAGUGCAGUAGAAAAAAGAAUUUGAUCACAGUUUUUCGGAUCACAGAUCGUCCAGAAGGCAAAUCUCAGGAACUUGAUCAAACAAUUCUUACUGCUCUUUUUAAGAGCCAACAUUUAUCUCCUUCAGAGCAAUUAAGUCUUGCUCUUACAUGGAAUCGUGUGGACAUUGCACGUUCAGAAAUAUUUGUUUAUGGCCAAGAGUGGCCUCCUGGUGCCCUUGAAGAAGCCAUGAUGCAAGCUUUGGAACAUGAUCGCAUAGAUUUCGUGAAACUCCUCCUCGAAAAUGGUGUUAGUAUGAGGAAGUUUCUUUCCAUACCUCGUCUUGAAGAGCUUUAUAAUACAAAACAAGGCCCUACGAAUACCUUGGGCUACAUAUUGCGUGAUGUUCGACCUCACAUUCCUCGGGGCUAUGUUUACACGUUACACGAUAUUGGAUUAGUUAUAAACAAAUUGAUGGGUGGAGCUUACAGGUCUUACUACACUAGAAGAAAAUUUCGCUUGAUAUAUGCAAAAGUUAUGAAGAAGUCACCACAUGUGCACAGAAACAGUGCUUCAUUUAUACGUUAUUAUGGAAACACAAAUCUGACUCUCAGCUUGCUUGCUGAGACACUGCCAGCCACAAAAGAAACAGCCCUCUUUGAUUACCCAUUUAAUGAACUGCUGACAUGGGCUGUGUUAACCAAGCGACAGCAGAUGGCUUUGCUCAUGUGGCAGCAUGGUGAAGAAGCAUUAGCCAAAGCUUUAGUAGCUUGUAAACUGUACAAAGCAAUGGCUCAUGAGGCUGCCGAAGAUGAUCUGGAAACUGAAAUAUAUGAAGAGCUCAGAAAUUACGGCAAAGAAUUUGAAAAUAUUGCUUUGGAGCUACUGGACUAUUGUUAUCGCCAAGAUGAUGACCAGACACAACAAUUGUUGACUUGUGAACUACAGAACUGGAGUGGGCAGACAUGUCUCAGCCUGGCAGUAGCAGCAAAUCAUCGAGCACUCCUAGCCCAUCCCUGUAGCCAAAUAAUCCUUGCUGACCUCUGGAUGGGUGGGUUACGUACACGGAAAAAUACAAAUUUAAAGGUCAUACUAGGACUAAUAUGUCCAUUUUAUAUCGUCACGCAACUUGAAUUCAAAUCCAAAGAAGAAUUGCUCCUCAUGCCUCAAACUGAGGAAGAGCAUAUGGUUGGUCUAGAAGAAGAAACUGAAAGUGUAGAAGGGCAUACAAAUGGAGGACAUAGAAACACAGAGCCUGAUGCAGAGGCUUUAAUAGCUCAUGACAGUGUAGCAAUGAGAGACACAGUUGUCCAAGAAAAUGGAAAAGUACUUGCUGAAGGAGAUGAUUCAAGCCAGAUUUUUCACAUGCCCUUAGAUUUCUAUGAAAUUAAAAAUAACAGACCACUUAGAAUGCAGAAAAAGCUUUAUGAAUUCUACACAGCUCCAAUAACAAAAUUCUGGGCACAUUCGAUUGGUUACAUGGUGUUCCUUGUAAUUUUUACAUAUGUGGUCUUAAUAAGAACAGAGCCUAAUCUCAGCUGGCAGGAAAUAUAUGUUGUGGCAUAUAUCUGUACACUAGCAUGUGAAAAAAUUAGAGAAAUCAUAUCUUCAGAACCAGUAGCAAUUAGCCACAAAUUCUCUGUCUGGACAUGGAAUAUGUGGAAUCCAUGUGAUGCUGCUGCAAUCAUCUUUUUCCUAAUAGGACUAAGUCUUCGGCUACGCCCAUCAUCAAUGAAAGUUGGGCGUAUUAUAUUUUGUGUGGAUAUUAUCUAUUGGUACUUACGAAUACUCAACAUCCUUGGUGUGAACAAAUACCUUGGUCCAUUGGUUACCAUGAUGGGAAAAAUGGUGAAGAACAUGAUUUAUUUUGUUGUGUUAUUGCUUGUGGUGUUGAUGAGCUUUGGAGUCUGUCGGCAGUCAAUACUGUUUCCUGAUAAUGAUUUCAGCUGGUCACUUGUUAAACAUAUUUUUUUUCAGCCAUAUUUUAUGCUUUAUGGAGAGGUAUUUGCAAAUGAUAUUGACCCUGCAUGUGGAGAUGAACCUGGUAUGCCAAACUGUCCAAUGGGUAGAUGGAUUACACCAGCUGUGAUGUCAACAUACCUCUUAGUUGCCAACAUCUUGCUAAUUAACUUGUUAAUAGCUGUGUUCAAUAAUAUUUUCAAUGAAGUAAAUGCAGUUUCACAUCAGGUAUGGAUGUUCCAAAGAUUUACAGUUGUAAUGGAAUAUGAGCAGAAACCUGUUCUGCCACCUCCAUUAAUCAUCCUAUGCCAUAUUGCCUUGUUACUGAAGUACUGCAGGCAAAAAGUGAAGGGAGUGAGUAAAUUAUAUGAUAAUGCUCUGAAGUUAUUCUUGGAUGUUGAUGACAUGGAACGUCUGUACGACUUUGAAGAAGAAUGUGUAGAAGGUUAUUUCCGUGAACAAGAAACAAAAUUGCAAAUGUCAAGUGAUGAAAGGAUUAAGAAUACUUCAGAACGUGUUGAAAACAUGUAUCAAAAAAUUGAAGACAUUAAUCAGAAAGUUAACAGUCAGACUUCAUCUUCUCAAGCUGUGGAGUUUAGAAUUAGAAAGCUGGAGGAUUUAGCAGAUCAGACACUAUCCCACCUUGCCGUCAUCCACAGAUUCAUGGCAACCCAUGUCAGAGAACCUUUAGCAGAAUUUGCAGAUGUCAGGCUUCGAACAACCACAGAUGAACACAAAACACAGUCAGAUUUAAGUGACCAUACGGACAGACAUUUAAGUGUUCCACUUCUUGGCAGAGAAAGAAGAAGACCUGUCAGAUCACUGACAGAAGUUAGGCCAGAUCCAUUUAUGUUUGGUGAGGGCCUACACUUGCGGUAUGAUGACAAGUCCAAAUCCCCAGAACCCUCAACAUCAAAGCCACUUGAUUUCUUUGAGGAGCAGGAGGAGGAGGAAGCAGAAGAAGAAAAGGAAAGAACACAAUCAUUUGAUAAGGUCAGCAUACAUUCCAAUAGCAAAACCAGAUUUUUUGCCCAUAUUUCAAAGCAUGAAAGUGUGUCUGGAAACUCACUUGCUGAGCCUGUAGGCAGUCUCAAAGGAAGUAAAACAGAUUUAGGUGUGGAUGAAGAAAAUUUGGAGUCAGCUACUGCAACAGCAGCAAUACUUCCACCAGCACCACCUUCAAUGGCAACUUCAGAGCCGGCUGAACAAGAUUUGGCACGGAAUGAGUUUAUAAGAAGUUCAUCAUUUGAUCAGCAAACAGAUAAGAAAGACCUCAGUGGGUUCAGAAGACAGAGUUCUGAUGGGUCAGAAAGAGGUAGCAGUUCCCACCGACCACCACUGAUGCCAAGGAGACAGCUGAGCAAAACACAUUCAGAACCAGAAAAUGCCACAGGACUAGAUUCUCUGGAUGGAAUAGAUUUUCCUCGUGUUACUGUGGAGCGCAGUGUCACCUGGGCUGAACCAAGGAUCACUGUAAUCCCUCCAUCUGGAAAUCCUAGAUCAAUGUUGCUGGCUAUGCACACAGAGUACACAAGUAUCACAGAUGAACUGGAAACAGUGUGUGGCCUUCUAAGCCCUCCUCGUACACCUCGCCUUCUUUCACCACCUCGUCCUGGUGAUCAAGCAGUUCCUCACAGAACAAGGCACACAUCAGAGAUGUCAAAUCCUGAGAUGGCUCUUUAUUUGGAGAAAGAACACUUGCGAGAUGCAGAAGAGAGUGACUACCAGCUGAUGGAAGGGUUAAUUCAACAUCGUAUUCAUAACGAAGAGGAUUCUGUUGAUAGUGCUUUCUAUUUAACAGUAACAAAUGAAGUUCCCGAAUAUCGAAGCCCAAAUCAACCAUCAAGGCCACUACGCCGGAGCAGUGCAAUUGAUGUGAGAGACCUACCCACUCCCACAACUCAGGGUCCCAAUAUGUUUGGUGGUGACACAGAAAUGCAACAGCUGCAGGAAGCAGAUGGUGGAAGCAAAAGUGGAAGCAAAAACAGUUUAGUGCCAACAUCAGAAACAAUGUGUUGAUGCUGUGAAAUCUUAGCUGACAUAAUUGUUUAAAUUGUGCACUGUGUGUGUGUGUGUGUGUGUGUGUGUGUGUGUGUGUCAAUAUGUCAGAAAUCUGCCAUUGUGUAAGGGAAAAAAGUGUAAUCAGGAAGUCAUAUCACAAAUUUACAACAUAAAUAUUUUCAGUUUUCAUGUCAUACGUUUGCUAGUGUAGAAAAUAAAUGAGUGACAAAAGUCCUGGAGAUUAGUGCUCAUAAUUUGGAUAUGAUUUAAAUAAUGAAACAGUAUAUGCCAGGGCCUAAAUGUUAUUUACAUGUAUCCAUUUUUAGAAGUAUUCCAUUAUUUUCAUCCAAUAAAAUUGUGAAGAAGGAAAGCAGAUGCAAACCAUAUGCUAUUACUUACUGGCAUGACAAUGUAAACAACUGUAGUAGAUGAAAAGCUGAAUUAUUGAUAUCACUAGAAAUGAUGAACCACAGGUGAAAGUGCAACUGCUUCAUGUGAUUGUGUAGAUUCUUCAGUAGUCUGUGACUAAUGGAUUUUUAUUGAUAUGAACAAAAUUGCCACUGUUAUCUGGAUGUGACCAGUCAAUAACAUGUAUGAUUCGUUGGAAACAUACUGAUCCCUGUGUACAAAUUUUUAUACAAGGUGAUACUUGCUAUGUCAAGGUUUCAGGAUGGACAUUUAUUUUAGUAUAUGUUACAAAUGACAUAUCUUUGGUACCAUUGUAAAAGUGUUAUUUUUUAUGGUAUGAAGUACAUCGGCACUGUCAUUUUCCAUGUAAAACUCAUAGUUGUAUGGCAUGGGGCAUAUGAAACUAAGACUCUAUUAACUAUUCAUCUUAUUAGUGGAGACAGUAUAGUUUCGAUAACUUGUUCUUAUAUCACAAGAGGUAUCACUGCACAGCUGUUUUUUCUUUCUUUUUUUAAAAAGCAUUUAAAACAAAGUGUGUGUGUGUGUGUGUGUGUGUGUGUGUGAGAGAGAGAGAGAGAGAGAGAGAGAGAGAGAGAGAGAGGAUGUUUACCGUCAUCUUCAACACCCCAAAGUGUACAACACGCAACUAGCAGAAAAAUGAGAAAGUUCUCACUUCUACUGAUCAUUAUUGUUUCUAUAUUGUUUUUGUCUUUCAGUCAUUAAAGAAGUGCUGGACUUAUAAUAUAGGCAACUUGACUUACAUUUUGCGAGAUCCUGCUUUUACUCUCAUGAAUAUCAUGGACUUCAUCUCUUUGUUAAAUUACGUGGAACAUGAAAAUAUUAUGGAUUUUGAAUGAAUGCCAUUUUACCAGUGAAAUCACAUUUUCAAAUUACUGGAUGAUUUUAUUCUCAUACAAUCACUAUUUCUUAAUUAUUUUGCUAUUCUUCAUUGCUGUUCUUUGGCAGGCAUUUUAAUACAUUUGCAAUAAUACCUCUUUUACCAUUCAGAUGAAUUUAGUAUAAAGCUUUCUCUUUCAUAAUUUCUCUGAAAUUGUCACUUUCCUGGUGCAUUCAUGAAGUUAGCAGGGAGUGUUACUGUUUUCUCACUGAUGGUAUGCACAUAUAUAAUCUGUUUCCUGUAAGGAAAAAAUUCUUAGUAAGUACAGAUAGAAAAGUGUGAAUGAAAUUUUCAUACACAAAGGAAGUAGGAAAGACUUCAAGAAUGACACUAUUCUUCUUUGAGAAGUACUAGUAAGUAGGUAUGAAGGCACUAAGUAAGGGAAAGACAAUAAAAAUUAUUAAUAAGGAAAUAUACAUGAAGCAUUAUAUAUCUCACUCUCAUUACAUUAUCUGCCUCUCAUAAAAUACUUUUCUUUCUUCGUACAAAUGCAGAUAUUCAUGCCCUAGUCACAUGACUACGCAGUUAUAGAUUGUAUGCUUUAUAACCAACCAGCAGUGCUGUGAUUUAAACCUGUACAUAAAGUGCAAUUUAAAAAGUGAAGUGAAGACAUUUCAUAAGAAUUGUCAUGUUUAGCACUUGCAAUACUGGUUAGAUUUCUGCUGAAGACCAGUGGUGUGUUGCUUUGCCAGAUGGAGUGCAGCAUAAUUAAAAUUGUGCAAAAUAUAUGAUGCAAUGUCUUUGACCCUUGAGUUACUUACAGAGAACCUUCAAAACAUUAUAGAGAAUCUAUAGAAUUGUUGUCAAUGGAAGAAAGAAGUAUUUCAAUAGUAGUUUGUGCACCAAUGCACAAAAACUUAGUCUCAUAAUUUUUUGCAAAUGUCUUUCAAACAGUGUAGUUCCUUAAGCUGAAGACUUCAUUAGUAAACUAAAAAUGUUUCUAUUCUGCAGAGUGAAGCAAUACUACACAAAACACAAUUGUGGUUUCAUUAUACCUUUUUUAAAUCAUCUGCCGUGUCACUUGGAAUUAUUGAAAUUGGUGUGCUUUUCAGGCAAUAGCCUGUUGACUUCUUUUGGAUCCAUUAUUAUAUCUUAAUUUAUUUAUAUAGCUUUUCAAGAAGAACAACUGAGAAUUCAUCUUAAAGUUAAAUGACAAUCAUAUGCAUGAAAUAUGCAGUAAGAUGGCAUAUGGUAAAUAUUCCACUGUCUAUUUUUAACUUUCUAUAAUGAUCUUCAAGAUUUUAGUCGACAUUAAUGACAGGAUUGGGAAGAUUCAGAUACUACUGUCGUUUGUUGAAAUAUUUGCUAUUAUGAAAGAUUUUUACAUAAUUGUAGAAAAUAUUUUGAUCAGAAGAAUUUGUUACUGGAAGUUCAUCAUGCAAUAUUUGAUACCACAGAAAAUAUGAUUUAGUUAAUCAGUGACAUUAUGCACUGGUUUUAUUGAUACUAUUCAUAGAUAAUGUGUAAAAUUAAGACAUUUAUGGGUGAAAAAAUGAUGCAUUAACUUGAGGGAUCAGCAUUUGCAAUUAUAUUGCUAUUUUAGCAAAUAAACAAUAUUUAUGAUCAUCAGGAUGAUUUUUUUGCAAUAACUAUGGCAAUAUAUUAGAUAAGAAAUGGAAAGCAUAUGGUGCUUAUCAUUUAAUACUGAGAAUACUGAAAUCUUUUUUUAUAUUCCAUGUUAUUUUGUACAUACAGAUGAACAUAUGUAAAUAAUGUAUAUGCUCACCAAUUUUAUAAUAAAAAAAAAUGCUGCUGUGUAAUGUGAAUAUAGAAAUAUACAGCGAAUGUACUGGUACUAUCAAUUAUUUUUUAGUUUCAGGGCAGAAUAUUUAUGAAAAUGGCACAACAAUCAUGAAAAAUAAAACAGUAGGAUUUAGUCAGCUUAAAACAUGUCAAACAUCUGUUUUGUCAUUACUGAACACAAUUAUGUAUACAGGUCAACUUUAAAAAUUGUGUUACAAGAUGGUUGUGUUAUUGUAUGUGCUUGUGACAUAUUAUGUGGUAUAUGGAAUAUGAGAUGUAUCGCCAUAGUUGACUGGAAUGUAAUAUAUUAGCAUCCACUGACAGAAUUAAAAAUUCUGAAAGUAAUUGUUUUUAAAAUAACAUUUUUUUUACAACCACCUCAGAUCAGCAGAAAAUUCUCAAACAAUGAAGUUAUCUAGCACCAUCAGAGUGUAGGAAGUGUACAAAUUGAAAAGGCCUAAUAACCACUGAUAUAUUUUCCGUGCUUGGUAAUUUUAUCUCCAAAUACAACACUAGUUAUAUGUUGUUGGAUACAAACAGCUGGAGACCGUGGAAAGUAAAAGGUGAAAAGGUGCUGAUGAGUUAGUGGAGGGUAGAUGUUACUGACAUUUGCAGAUAAGGUAUGAAUAAUGCCCAAGGUGCAAACAGUAGGUGAUUCCUUUACCUUUCACAUUCAAUAGUUCUUUUACAAAUUGCAGAAAUGGGUAACUAAAUUUCCCUACAUCUGUAAGACUUCAUUUCUAGCAAAUGCUUUGGUUAUAUUUGUUACACCACAAGCUCUUUUAAAAGGAGUUCUGACAUAAAUUGAUUUAAGUUCUUCUAUAACAAAAGUGCUACUUUAACAUGUUUUAUUCUUACCACAUUUCCACACACAUCUAGAGGAGUGGCUCUAUACUCAGUUCCAUCACGUGUGUGCUCUCCUCACAAUGAAAUAAAAUGUUGUCUACAUUUUUUUUAAGUUUAGAUGUUUAAGGAAUACAACUGUUUCCUUUAAUAGGAGGUAGGCUAGUGUAAGAUACACAUAUAACCUCUAUGUCCUCAAUAGGAAUUGUAAGCGAAUAUGAGAGGAGAUGGAAGUUGGGCAAUGACCAGCAACAGAAAGAGUGCUUUCGAUAUAUGAAAAGAACAAAAAAUGUAAAAACUGUUUGAUUGGUGGACCAAACAAGACUGGCUAAAUAAAAAAAAACUACAGGAAAGUGAAAGGUAAGGUACUAUCAUGCAAAUGAAUAGUUGCCUGCUAUCAUAAAUAGUUUUACAGUGGUAAUUGCAACUGCCAUUUGUAGCAGUACUUCUGAGUAGGUCUGACAGCAAAAUAAUUCUCGAAAGACUGAAUGCAGUAUAUAGUGUCAUGUAUAAUUUUAAUGCAAGGAAUAGAAGAAUUUCUCUUAUUUUAUGUAGAAGCAAUAUUAAAGUUCUACGUGAAAUGUGUAGAAAGUUGAAUGAGGUGGAUUGUAAAUUGAAGCAGCAUCUGCUGAUGUCCAAAACCAGGCACAGCAAACUCAAACUGUUCAAGAUUAGAAAUACAUGUGAGACAAACAUCAUAUUUUAUGUGUUUAUUGGAACAGAUGGGCACAGAGGUUGUACUGUGUCUCCAGUGACAAACUGAUUGCUACAUCAGUAAAAAACAAGCAGAUGUAGCAACUACAGACAAUGAGGGCAAGCAGUUUUGUGUUAGGAAAUAAAGAGCACUUGUAACAUAAACUGGUAUGUCAUAUAUCAGUGGAGGUGUUCGCACACUGAAGAAACAUACCCUUUCAAAUGGCUGUUGCUGCAAACCCUCUUCUACCCAGUAAUUUGCCUUUCUUGGUAUUUUCAGUCAAUUCAUUUCACUUCUUUACAAACCAUCUAAACUAAAUUUCAGUUGCAAUAUUUGCAUUUCUUCAGUUCAAAGAUAUUACAGCACUAAAGUGUUCAUCAUGUGAGAUGCAACUCCUGCACCUGUGUGCAGCUAUUAUAAGAAUGUAGUAAAGGCUUAUUCACAAUAAAUUACUUCAGCUCUAUCUUAGGCUUGUCUCAGCCACACUAUUUGCAUUAAUCUAUCAUUAUAUUAUAAUCAUUACUCUAAUAUUGGUGCAUGAUAAAUAACAGACGUUCUACCAUGAUGAAAAAUGUCAUAAAGAGGCUCAACUGUAAUAUCAGACAGUUAGUUUCAAUACAAACUACAUACUGUCUUCAGUGCUUUACUAACUGCUUCACAGUCUAUAUCUGUAUCCUAUAAUCCACUAUCCAGUGUGUGGUGGAGAGAACAUAGUGUAUAACUAUGACUGUUUGAACUUGCAAUUCCUUGUGAGGAUAGUGCUAUCUAAUUUUACUGCAGAAUACACCCUGUCAGACUGACAGGGUUGUUUCCUCAUCACCCUCUUAGAGUGAAAGAAUUGUUUCCCCUGUUACACUUUGUCAUUUAUUAUCCUACUGUAUAUUAAGUUAUACAUAUAACAUUCGUUUUCCACUUUCUUUUUUAAUUUUAUCACAUGUCAAUUUCAUUUACGUUCCAAUGUGUUACCUUCAUACUACUUCCAAAACUCUGUUGUUUACUCAAUUAAUGGAUUAUCUGACAUGUUGAAUCAGUGAUUAGGGUCCAUCUCUUGGGUCUGUUAUUGAUGUAUAGUAUCCUGUCAUUCAUCCAUUCUGUGCUCUUCUCCAGCCUACCAUUACGUUAUCACAUAUUUUCCUCAUUGGACUAGGUACUUCCUGUUGCAGGAUGACAAGAUAUGUUUACAAUUAUUGAAAACUUUUGAACACCAUCUUUUCCAGUUUGUAGAUGCUGCUUUCAUAUUCCUGAUAACACUUAAGCUUUUUAGGAUGCACAGAGAACCACUACAACUUUCUUUUUAAUCUCACCAUUGUUUUUCAAUUACUUCCAUCUUAAUAACAAUGCAUAUAAGAUGUGAUAAAACAAGUAUUUCACUUUUUUAAUGUCUUUAAUGAGUAAAUUAAUGUUCAACGCAGAUUGCAGUUUCAUAAUAUGUAUAAGAUGAUAAAUAGAAGUAUAUGUACACUACCAAUAAUUGUUGAUCUUCUGCAGUUCCUAUGAAUUCAUUUGCCUGAAGAAACCAACAUGGAUUCCAGUCUCUUAUAAAAACUGAAAGUUCUGUCAGUGGAUCUGAAGUAGUGCAAUGACUGUUAUGUAAAAGAUAAUUAUAUGUUGUGAGACUAUUAUAUUUGUUAUUGGUAUGAUGCAACUAGUACAAGUGUGAUAUAACAUGAGGUGCAUAAUGUGCACUCUGUGUAGUAAAAUCACGGAGUUUAUUAUAUUUUGUAAAAUUGAUUAUAAAAUCCCAGAAGAAAUUCUAUAACCAUUUGUACUUGUGCAUUGCGAAUUCCUUUGAAAAUUUUUUGUAAGAACUGUAUUCUCUGUAUUUUACACUUAUUCUAUAGUAUGUGAACUGAACAAAAACAGAUAAAGUUCUUGCCAAACAACUGAAUAAAUAAUUAAGCAUCAAGUAAACAGCAUGAAACAGUUCAAGAGUAACUUCAGAAAUCUAAUGUUGUCUGCAUUUCAGAAAUUAAACAAACAGGCAACAAUGCAACUACAUAUUGUUUCAGUUUUGCACAAACACAAUAAUGAGUAUGAUUUUUCAUUUCAACUGCACUUUUUUGCUACAGUAAAAAUUGUUGUAUCUUGUUCACCCCAAUAAUUACUUUACAUAUAGUAUAACAUGAGCAGUGUUAGCUUUUGAAAAAUGUAUUGUAUAAUAAUUAUCAUUGUUUUCAUUAUUUCCAGCGUCUAUUGACAGAAGUGUUGAGACUUUGUAUUCAAGCAGAUAGAUCUUUGCUUGUAGACCAGGCUCUCUGCUAUCUCUUGCAAGUUAUUAGCUGGAUUUUUUAUAUCAUGUUUUCAAGUUACUUGUUGCAAGUGGACCUACAUGUUCUGAUAAAUUUAAUAAACUCCAUCCUUUACAUAAUUUUCCCUAACAGCAACAAUCAGAAAAAAGUAACAUCUUUCAUUCUCAACUCUUUUUUAUUUUUUGAGGAUGUUUUUGUGACCACUUGUUCUUCAUUAUCCCUCUGGGCCAUGUUCUGAACUUAGAUGUAAAAACAUAUUACA